UGACUGAGGAGCCCCACUGUAAGGGGCCUGUUACGGUAUGUAUGGAGGACAGGAGGGGGAAAGUAUGGGACUAUGCCAGCCAUGCCACUUUCCACCAGAGAGACCUCCAUUCAUCCAGCUGGGUCAGCCCAGACACUCAGGGACUAAUAGAGAGGCAGCAAGGGUUCAGCUCCAGCUUCAGCUACAUCACACAACAGAGCAGGAACUCCCAGAGCCUGACGGCACUGAGGGAACCACCUGUAGAGGGUUUCAACGGGGCCGUCAAUGGAGUCAUCUUCCCCACUGAGGUUCCUAAUAAAGGCUGCACCGCAACUCUACGACACCCCAGGAAACCAAGACCAAGCUCGGAGCAUAUUGCCGUCCUGGGCCAGAACCAGACAUUGAUUCGGCGCAGACCCAACAGUGAAGGAGAGUCCCAGAAGAAAGAGGCAGGCUGCAGCAGGAAGGCAGUGCAACAUCAGAUUAAACGGGUGAUGGAUAAUCUAGAGCAGGUGCUCACCGCACUGAGAGAUGUUCACCAGGAAAUGAAAGAGGUGGUGCAGCAGAUUGACUACUUAACGUCUUCCAUUGUUCUGAAUGAGGAGGAGCAGCAACAGGAGAUUAGAGGAGGCGACAGUGCCAGGCCUCCGAGCGAUACUAGCUCCAGUUCAGGUUCCAGUUCCAGUGAGGUGAGAUUAGGCAGUGAUCAUCAGAGGCCCUCACAGUCCGAAAGACAGCCAGGAACCACAGUCUCAUCUGGCGUCCUCAGGAGAGAUCAGCAUAGCAGGAGCCAGUCUCCUCCAAGUGUGCAGCUGUGCCCAUUCUCAUCAGAGAGGAGGCGAUCUCUUCGGUUCACCUGUGGUGUUGGGUGUUCUCCCAGAAAAGAUGGCGCGCUGCCGGACAACAAUAAUCUCCCUUUAUCUGGUCCACCUCAGCUUCAAAACUUCACCACCCGUGACCUCACAUUGCCACUCCAAAGAAGCCUCCCUGUUCGACCUCCCACUCCUGGUCUAUCUCCUCUAACGGUAAACCUCCAUCCCCCCAUAAGCCCCGUCUCUCGGCCUCAUUCCCCUGGUCCAUCCUCCUCCACCAGAGUCAGCCCGAUCUCCCCUCCCUCCACUCUAUCUCCAAAGCCUCACCCACCCCCUGUCCUUAGCCCAUCUGUCAUCAUAGAAACACAAGUAGGUUCUUAUCAGACCUCACAAAGCGACCACCUAUGUGCUGGCCUGCUCUCCACAUCAUCAACUCAGCCUCCAUCUGCCAGCUGCCCACCCACCGACUCAGAAAUGCAAACUGUAUCCAGUGCUGAUCAAGAGAGGCAAGCAUCCUCAGCAGGAGUCGCUCAUGCAGCUUCACAGGUGUGCAUUGCCUCUGCAGCCACAGCUAAAGCGCCAGCAAAGGGCCGCAGAGGCCGCAAACCUCCACCAUAUCCGCAUCACAGACUCUCUGAACCGACAAAGAAAGUGAAGGAGACGCGUAAAACACCUCCGUACCCAGAGAAAAGAAGGCUGCUCUCGACCACGGUGUGAGACAAUGCAGCAGGAGUGGGAGGCUGAUGGAACACAACCACAUUCACAGCACCAGCCACGCGUUCUGCAAGUGUGAAGACUGAUUUCAGGGUCACCAAGUUGAGCUGAGACCAAGUUUCCAAGGUGACAGGAUAAAGAUGCAACUUGGGGCGCUGAACGUGGUCAUUUCCUGUGGAAACCCCAGAGGGUGCCUCGAUGGUGACAAGAGGGACACACAAACAUCCCUGAUGAGCAUUUCCCUUAACUCUACACGCCAGACAAUGGAAAGCAAACCAAGACCAAAGAAAGACAUCAUCCUCUGGACUGUUGUGUGGAUCUAAGAGGGCUGGAUCAGUGUAAGGGAGAUAAAGGGCACCGAGCAUGAGCAGGCAGGAGGCUGAAUCAUGUGCUCUCAUUAAGGACUGUGUGUCAGGAGACUGUCCUUGCUGGAGGA